AUGCACAUAAUUGAUGAAGCAAAUCGUGUACGUUUCUAUCACGGCGUUAAUUUUGUACGCAAAGAAUUCCCAUGGUAUCCAUCAGAAUUACUUGAUUCCAGUUUUGUUACUAACUUAGUACAAACUGGUAUGAAUGUCGUUCGACUCGGCAUUAUGUGGGCUGGUGUCGAACCAAAACCACAACAAUACAAUGUAACCUAUUUAAAUAUAAUGAAACAAAUUGUCGAAUCACUCGAAUCGAAUAAUAUUGACGUUUUAUUCGAUAUGCAUCAGGAUGUAUUGAGUAGUCGAGUUGGACCUUAUGAUGGUAUUCCAGCAUGGUUAUACGAUCAAUUUCCUCCACCAAAUCAUCCAUAUCCUUGGCCACUUCCGUCAUCUCCAUCCGAUGACAGUUGGGCUUUGGGCUAUCUGACAGAAGCAUGUUCGCAUGGUUUUCAAUGUUUGUAUGACAAUGUUGCUGGUGCUGUUGAUUCGAUGAGUAAUCUUUGGCGUUUGAUAGCGACGACCUUUGGCCGAUAUACGAAUAUACUUGGAUACGAGUUAAUUAAUGAACCUUGGGCUGGAAAUUAUGUAGCCGAUCCAACAUUACUCUUGCCUGGCGUUGCUGGUACCAAAAACUUACAACCAUUCUAUGACAAACUUGCUAAUGCUAUUCGAUCAGUCGAUAAUAAGACACUCAUCUUCUACGAACCCGUCACUUAUGGAGUUCGACUCAAUGGUAAACUUUUUGGCACCGGAUUUUCUCAUGUCCCAGGCGGCAAGGCUUAUCGAGAUCGAAGUGUUCUCUCCUAUCAUUACUAUUGCACUGUCUUAGCAAUCAAUCCUGUGCCGGGCAGUGAUACUAUACCAGUUUUUGACCGCGUGCUUUGCAAUGACAUUGAAGGACCAGCUGUUUUUCAAUCUGUGAAAAAUGAACUUCUUCGAUUGGGCGGUGCUGGAUUUUUGACUGAAUUCGGUGGAUGCGAUGGUUCAUCAACAUGUGACAAUCAACUUGAAGCAGGUAUGCUCGAAGCCGAUGAAUAUCUUCAAUCAUGGACUUACUGGGGCAAUAGUUACAGUAGCACGGCUUUGAUUGCACGCUUGUCACGCGUUUAUGCUCGUGCUAUUGCUGGUAGACCUAUUUCGAUGACAUAUCAUGCCGAUAAACGAAUUUUCAAUUUGUAUUAUUAUGCUGAUAAAACAAUCAAUAAGCCCACGGAAAUCUAUGUUCCAUUUGUUCAUUUUCCACAAGCAAGUUACAAGGUGAUUGUCAAUAAAUAUCUCAAGUGGAAAGUUGAUCCGACAAAUGCAAAUAUAAUUCUUGUCGAACCCAGUCAACAGUUUAUGAAUAGUAUAUUCAAAAAGGUUAUUGGCACUGUUGAAAUUCGUUCCACAGUAUAA